AUGCAUGCAAAGAUGACCAAGCAGGCUGUCUUCUCCCUCUCACUUGUUUUUCUCUGCCUCUGCAGCACAACUUUAGGCCAGGCGCCAGCUCAGGCCCCAGCUCAGGCCCCGGCUAAGCCCGCCGACGCCCACCCUAAGCAUCCCCAUACACCGGCACGACCUGGGACCCCCGACGUCAUCAAAAUCCUCCAAAACGUCGGAGGAUUCAGCAUCCUAAUCCGCCUCUUAAGGACCACUGCAGUGGCUGACCAAAUCAAAGGGCAGCUCGACAAUUCAAACACUGGUUUCACCCUUUUCGCUCCAACCGACUCCUCAUUUUCCAACCUCAAAUCGGGCACUUUAAACUCUCUCAACAACGAAGAAAAGAUCCGGCUUUUGCAGUUUCACACCUUACCCAAAUUUUAUUCUCUGGAGAACUUCCAAACUGUGACAAACCCAUUGCGAACGCAGGCAGGAGAUUCCAACCCCGGUGAUUACCCCCUAAAUGUGACCGCUGCGGGAGGCCAAGUCAACAUUUCCACCGGCGUUGUGAAUGCCACAGUCAGCGGUACAUUAUUUUCCGCUAAUCAACUUGCCGUGUAUCGGGUGGACACAGUGCUUCUUCCGAUGGACAUCUUCGUUCCGAAGGCACCUCCGGCACCAGCGCCGGCACCGGUCCCAGUACUCAAGCCUAAGGCUAAGACGAAGCCAGCCGCUAGUCCAAAGAGUAUUACUCCUACUAGUACUCCUACUCCUACUACUACUACUCCUACAGUAGUGGUUGAUUCUGGUGCGGUGGGUCUCACAAAGCACGGAAUGCUGGUGUCCGUCGGAUUUUCUACUUUCAUUGCAGCGUUUUCUCUGUGA